GAAGUAGCCAAUAGGAGGUGUGGUCUGGUGUGACGUCAUACGAUUUGGUCUUCUUAUCCGCGAACUAACGUUGCAUGCAGCAAGAAGUCGGCGCGAAAGGGACGGAUCAGGUGUAGGACUCAUCUCAGCAAUCUUCUGACACGAUGGCCGCUCGUGAUUUUAAAGUGAAGGAGCUGGACAAGCGGGCCUCAGGCCAGGCCUUUGAGGUCAUUUUGGACACUGCUGCAACAGAGGUGAAGGCAGACUUCCCCCUGUCUCCCCAGAAGAAAAAGGAUUGGUCACUGGAGGAAAUCCAGAAGAAGCUGGAAGCAGCCGAGGAAAGGCGCAAGUCCCACGAAGCUGAAGUUCUGAAGCACUUGGCGGAGAAGCGCGAGCAUGAGAAGGAGGUGCAGCAGAAAGCGCUGGAGGAGAACAACAAUUUCAGCAAGAUGGCAGAGGAGAAACUGAAUCAGAAAAUGGAAGCCACUAAAGAGAACCGUACAGCAAUAAUGGCAGCCAUGACCGAGAAGUUCAAAGAGAAGGAUAAGAAGCUGGAAGAGGUCCGGAAAAACAAGAACAAGGAGGCGGAGAUUUGACCUGCUCGGCUGCGGGGGUGGUGGGGGGCCGUUUAAGAAGGGUUUUUUAAAAAGAAAAAAAUAAGUCCAAAGAUUUUUCAUUUCUUUACUGUGUGUAAAUGUAAGAAACAUGAAACCUUUACUUCACCUGUACUUCCUGGCGUUUAGUUUUUAGAGUGCAAUGCUGGUUUUUCUUGUACAUGUGACUUUCAGUCGCCGACUCUGAGCUCUGUUUGCUGUUCUCUGAUGCGCUUCCGGAUAUUGGCAGUAGUCUUGGCGUUUUGAAGGAAGCGUGUUGCCGUUACACGUUAAGGUCCUCAUCGUUUGUAUUAAUGCAGUCUCCAUUCUUGUCCGUUCAAUCUGUUUUUGCACUUAUAGUAUGAUAUCUAUGGUUAUGGGUUCUUAUUUCCAGAAACUGUUAGUUUUGCUGAUUUGCUGCUAGUUAGUACAUCUCUUGUGGCCAGUUUUGCUUUCCUGCUGUAAAGAUGACCAAGGGCUAAUUUUGAAUAUGCACAGGACAGUCACAUGUGCACUAGGGUAGCAAGUUUGGUUUGGAGGGAUAAGGCUCUACUAUACAUGUUGAAUGCAAAAGAGCAUUACAUUUUGGCUGUUAUACUGACUCCAGUGGAAAAAAAAAAAUAAAAAAAAAAUUCCAAGACCAAACUGUCU